AUGGGCGGCAUACUCCAGUCUCAAUCAUUGAGAACCCCGAGAGCAGGAGCCGGUUUACCUGGGGCUAAGUCUGAGACCGCGAAGAAAGCCCCUCCUGAGACGCUGGCAACAACGAGAAAGGAUCCAUUGGCCGUGGAUGAGAAAACAAACAAGGAGCAGAGGAGGGCGGAUUGGGCGAUUAUAAAAGAGAUGUCACAAUAUUUGUGGCCCAAAGAUAACAUGGGAACAAGAGUUCGGGUUGGAUUAUCUCUCGGAUUGCUGGUGGGAGCUAAAGUAUUGAAUGUGCAAGUACCUUUCUACUUCAAGAGCAUUGUCGAUGCUAUGAAUGUCGAUUUCGCGACCCUUGGAGGCACAGCUACAACCGUCGCUGGAUCGAUGAUACUGGCUUAUGGACUUACUAGAAUUGGAGCUACUUUGUUUCAAGAAAUACGGAAUGCAGUCUUCGCCAGCGUUGCCCAAAAGGCUAUUAGGAAGGUGGCUUGCAAUGUUUUCGAUCAUCUAUUGAGACUUGAUCUUAAGUUUCAUCUAUCGAAACAGACCGGUGGGCUGACUAGAGCUAUUGAUCGGGGCACAAAGGGGAUUAGUUUCUUGCUCACGUCUAUGGUUUUUCACGUCUUCCCAACAAUAUUAGAGAUAUCCAUGGUAUGCGGUAUUUUAACCUACCAAUACGGUGCUAAAUUUGCGGCGAUCACGGCUCUCACAAUGGUGGGAUAUUCAGCAUUUACCAUCUCGACCACUGCUUGGAGAACAAAAUUUCGAAGGGCAGCCAAUGCGGCAGAUAAUAAGGGUUCGACAGUUGCUGUAGACUCCCUCAUCAACUAUGAGGCAGUCAAAUAUUUCAACAACGAAAAAUACGAAGUUGGUAGAUAUGAUCAAGCACUUCGAGCUUAUGAGAAAUCGUCGAUCAAGAUUGCAACAUCUUUGGCAUUCCUCAAUAGUGGACAAAACUUGAUCUUCUCUAGUGCAUUGACUGCCAUGAUGUACCUAGCUGCCGACGGUGUAGCUACAGGAAACUUGACUGUGGGUGAUCUUGUAAUGGUCAAUCAAUUGGUCUUCCAACUGUCGGUUCCAUUAAAUUUCUUGGGAUCAGUAUACCGAGAACUUCGACAAUCCUUAUUGGAUAUGGAAACUCUUUUCAAUCUGCAGAAGGUCAAUGUGGCUAUUACGGAGCCUCCAAAUGCGAAGCCUCUGCAGCUCACCAAUGGCGGCGAGAUCACAUUUGAAAAUGUUACGUUUGGUUAUCAUCCAGACCGUCCAAUCCUGAAGAACCUCAGCAUGACUAUUCCUGCCGGCAAAAAGAUUGCUAUCGUUGGACCUAGUGGCUGUGGGAAAUCAACGGUCCUGCGACUCUUGUUCCGCUUCUAUGACGUUCAGGAGGGAAGGAUACUUAUCGAUGGUCAAGAUAUUCGAAAUGUAAGUUUAGAGUCACUAAGAAAAGCCAUCGGCGUGGUUCCUCAAGAUACACCACUUUUCAAUGAUUCAAUUGAACACAACAUAAGGUAUGGCAAUUUAGAGGCAUCCGACGAAAAGGUCAAGGAGGCGGCACAACGUGCAAAGAUACACAGCAUUAUCACCUCAUUUCCCGAUGGAUAUAACACCAUGGUUGGUGAGCGAGGAAUGAUGAUUUCCGGAGGAGAAAAGCAAAGAUUGGCAGUCUCGAGACUUAUCUUGAAAGAUCCUCCACUAUUAUUCUUCGACGAGGCGACAUCUGCAUUGGAUACUCAUACGGAACAGGCACUCAUGCAAAACAUCAACGGCAUACUAAAAGAGAAGUCAAGGACCAGUGUUUUCGUUGCUCACAGGCUCCGAACAAUCUUUGAUAGCGAUAAGAUUAUAGUCCUCAAGGAAGGGUCGGUGGCUGAAAGUGGGACGCAUCGAGAAUUGAUUGAUACUGGCGGGGUAUACUCCGAACUUUGGAGUGUACAGGAAACACUGUUCGCCGAAACGCAGUACAGUAAAGAACGAGAAAUCCAAAUUCCCGACAUCUCGAAAGACGAGAAAAGAUAG